UGUAAUCACAAGAUGACUCAGGAUGGAUCAUGAGGCUGCCCAGCUGGAGAAGCAACACGUGCAUGAUGUGUAUGAGAGCACCGCACCUUACUUCGGUGACCUGCAGAGCAAAGCCUGGCCUCGUGUCCGCCAGUUCCUCCAGGAGCAGAAACCCGGCAGCCUCAUCGCUGACAUAGGUUGUGGGACUGGAAAGUAUCUGAAAGUGAACAGCCAGGUGUAUGCCCUAGGCUGUGACUACUGUGGGCCAUUGGUGGAGAUCGCCCGGAGUAGAGGAUGUGAAGUCAUGGUAUGUGACAACCUCCAUCUCCCCUUCCGGGAUCAGGGCUUGGAUGCCAUCAUCUCCAUAGGAGUCAUACAUCAUUUUUCUACAAAACAAAGAAGAAUCAGAGCAAUAAAAGAAAUGGCCAGGGUCUUAGUUCCUGGAGGCCAGCUGAUGAUUUACGUGUGGGCCAUGGAACAAAAGAACAGGCACUUUGAGAAGCAAGAUGUGCUCAUUCCGUGGAACAGGGCCUUAUGCUCGCGGCUUCUCUCAGACCCCAGCCAGCCGGGGAGAAAGCCAUGUGCACAUCCGGAAAGAAGCCAUCCCUACCAUCCUCCGUGCUCGGUCUGUAGCUGUUCUGUUUGUUUUAAAGAGCAGGGUCAUUCACAGCGGUCCCACAGCAUGGACUACGAGCCACUGAUGGCUGGAACGUGUUGUACAGGUAUUUCUAAGGAAGGGGAGGAAGAAAAUGGAUUCUAUAACACAUUAGGAAAAUCUUUUCGCUCCUGGUUUUUCUCUAGGUCUUUGGAUGAGUCAACUCUGAGGAAGCAAAUUGAAAGAGUGAGACCCUUGAAAAAUACAGAAGGUUGGGCCAAUAGCACUAUAUCCAUCCAGCCUUCCAGACACUCCAGCUUAGACUUAGGACACCAAGAACCACUUUCAACAAGAGAGCAAAGUUUAGAUGAAGACGUGUUUGUAGAGGCGUCUCAGAAACAACUGGAGUGGCCGAGAGCACCAGCCACAAGGAAACAUCUACGUGGGGACCAACAAGGAGAAGUGAGGAGAAAUGGAGAUGGGAAUUUUCUGGAAGACGCCAAUACUAGUGAGAACUGCGUGAAUGAGGAUGAUGCGGAGGAAGGUCACCCUUCUGCUAGUAAAAUCCUGAGAAGGAUUUCUGCACUUGACUCCACAGAUUCCAACUCGGAGGAGACGAUUCCUGUUGAAGAACAACAGUCCGGCGUUUUGGAUUCUAGAGCCUUUAUGCGCUACUACCACGUGUUUCGAGAAGGCGAGCUCUACGGCCUGCUGAAGGAGCACGUGGCGGAGCUGCAUGUUCUGAGCUCGGGGAAUGAUCAUGGCAACUGGUGUGUCAUUGCUGAGAAGAAGGACAACUGUGACUGACUGGGUCAUUUUAGACAAUUCCUCCAAAAGGUGAACCAUGUUCUUUUCACUGGGUUUGGUACAUGGUUACCUGAAUUUGUGUCCAAUUUUGUUAUUUUUAAUCCAUUUGUGCUUUGGUUUGUAGAGAUGAUGAAUCGGUCAUCUAGUAAGUCUUUGGAUGAACACAGAACCUGGCACAUAAAGCAUUUGACAAAGGAUAUUCGUAAAUUAUUAAUUAUAAGAGAAUUAAAGGAGUAAUAGGAAAUGAACUUCAGUACAGAUGGGAUCUCCUUUUCCCUGCAAGGUGAAAUUUUUAUCAGGAUAUAUGUAUGUCAUUUGUCAGUAUUAGAUGCUGAUUUUAACAGAUUCUGGUUGUUGACUUUUUAUUACUAUUGAAGUUGAGUCAACGUAAAAUGUUAUAUUGAUUUCAGGUGUA